UGGACAUUGCAGGGUUUCUUUUGUGAAGUUUAAGCUACCUGCCUGGUAGGAAGGAAAAGUUGCUGUUUCAUAGAAAUAUAAUCUCAAACAUCAUUACUCGACUAAACUCUGAGAAAUACCAGGGACACCGAGAAACAAACGAGCCACGCAGCGCCAGAGACUUGAAGUCUCAGCAAUGUCUUUUCCAUAAAGCCAAGAAGGAUGCUGCUGCCAUUGAUGCAAGUUAUGUGGUUAAGUUAACCGCCAAAGCAGGAAAGCCAUUCACCAAAGCGCAAUUUCUGAAGAAUUGUAUGUUGUAAAUCACUGAUAUUCUACGUCCAGAAAAGAAGAGCUUGUUCAACAAUAUCUCUCUAUCGGCAAACACAUUAAUAUUAAUAUUAAUAUUAAUGGCCAAUUAAAAGUUACAGAAGAGUUGCUGAGUUUCUGUGCGCAGCCGUACCACAGCCAAUGAUAUAUUUCAGCACAUUGAGACCCCUGUUCUAAAGAAACCCCUCAGGAUUUAAUAUUGAUGUUGACAGAAAAGUUUGAAAAAUCAGUUUAAUCUCAUCAGACUGUGAUGUUUUCCUUGUUGUGAUACCUGAACAGUUUCUUCUGUCCUUGGUAUCACAAGUGGAUAAAAACACUCUUGCAAGUUUUUUGCAUGUAGUAACCCACUUUUGGAACUAAGUGUUAAUAUUGUUGCUAAGAUACAAGUCCUUGAUGGUUCUUUUUUUGUCGUGUUCUUUUCAUCAGCAAAAUUUCCACUGACUUUUUGAAUCAAUAUGUCUGCUUUAGGUUAAAGAUUAUAGUUGAACUAAGCAGUUUCUUCUCUCUGAUGCAGAUUGCAGAGCUGGUUGCCACUGAGUUCUUCGAGCAGGGGGAUAAGGAGAGACAGGAGCUGAACAUUGAGCCCACUGACCUGAUGAAUCGUGAGAAGAGAGAUAAAAUACCCAGCAUGCAGGUGUCCUUCAUUGAUGCCAUCUGCACUCAGUUGUAUGAGACUUUGGCUGGCAUGUCGGAGUAUUGCUCCCCACUGCUGGAAGGAUGUCAGGAAAACCGGCAGCAGUGGAAGCAUUUGGCCGAGGAGUGCGAGAAGGGGCUGGUUAACGGCUUGCUGUGAUCCCAACACCAGCACAAAUUUCCAGGGUCUUUCCUGUCCAACCUGGUCUCUCAAAAUGUCAUGAAAUUAGCAUGACAUCUAAAAAGACAAAUGAGAUAAUUUCUCUAACAAGAAAAGAUUGUCUGCUGAAAAAAAACUUUAGAUUGGUUUGACAGUAAAGGGGCAGACACACUUUCCUUCAAAUUGACCAACUCUUGAGCAGGUUCAGGUCCCAACUUAUGCCGAGAGUUUUGCUUACACAUGAAAAAUGACAACAGUUUCCUGCAACUUUGGUCUCAUUGUAGGUUUGUCCCUUCCUGUCUGUAAUAAUUAGUUUGUGCUCACCAAGUUAAAUACUCGGAUCUAGGAAUGCGGCAGCAUCACUAGAAAAGACUAAGACUUUUUAAAGCUUCCAAAAGACUUUUUAAAGCUUCCAUAAGCUUUACAACCAUUCGGAUCAUCUAAAAGCUGACUUUUUGUAACAAUAUCGCCGUGUUCCCAGAUCUCAGUAAUAACUUAACUGAGUACAUAGAACAGAUAGAAACGAUGGCUAGAUCUAUGAAAAUAAGACCCAGGUUGUAAUAUACCUUAACAUAAAACCUUAAACUCCAACUCCCAUGACAAUGAAGUGCAAUGUUGUGCACAUGACACAUAAUCCUUGUUUCAGAGGUCAUACUCAUUUCGCCAAACUGUGUGAGACUUGUCUUCCUAUCGUCACCAUUUUUCCAUGGGCGUCACUCACCAGAGAAAAUAACAGAGUCUGCACUAAGCUAUAUUUAUUACAAUAGCCUUUUUUAUUUUUGCACAGAGUGGCUUUCAUCUUGAAGUCUCACAUAUUAUCACUCACAGGUAGUAACAUUUAGGGGAACACUGAAGUCCAGAUAUUGUACCAACUAUAUAGUUUACAUAGCGUCACAAUAAUCUGAUAAGCUUGUUAAAUGCCUUCGUUCACAGAAUACACACACAAGGGUCUUUUGUAACUUUUUUUUCACUCAUUGUCUUGUCUAUUGUAUAUUUAUUUUUGUUUGAUAUAUUUAUUAGAGUUUCUAUAUCGUACGGUUCUCCUUUUGUCACGAGCACACACUGCUUUAUGUAGGAAAUGUACUUUUCAUACUUUAACAAAUCCUGUCUCUGCUUUUUUGAAGGACCUUUAGGAACAACUCUUUGGAAAUGUACUGUUUUGUGUUGUUUGAAACUUAGAAUUAUUAUUUUUUCAAAAUGUAAAGGAGCCAAAGACUAGGUCUACAUUUUUCCACUGCCUUGUGAUAAAAUAGGACCAAUUCACAAUUAAAAGAAAAAAAGUUUGUAUUUGUC